CGAAGGAUCCCUGGAUAUAUGCCACUGUUUACUGAUCAAUUACCCCUUUAGCUCGGAGCAGAAAAAAAAAGAGAGAGAGAGAGAGUCUCAGAAACAAAAUCUCUAUUUUACGACUUAGGGUUUCGUCGCCUGUUUCAUCGAUACAUUCAAAGGACAUGGAUUCUACUAGCGGUAAUGGAGCUGAGAUUGAGUCAGCAAAUGGUAGCGGUGUGGUUACGGACGCACUGCCCCCUCCUCCACCGGUCAUACCUCCCAAUGUGGAGCCUGUGAAGAUCACAACCGAAGUGGCUGAGAAGAAAAACGUGAGAGUCCCUAUGGCUCGUGAUGGCUUUGGAACAAAGGGUCAAAAGAUUCCACUUUUGACUAACCAUUUCGGUGUCAAAGUUGCUAACCUUCAGGGAUACUUCUACCACUACAGUGUGGCGCUCUUCUAUGAUGAUGGUCGUCCUGUUGAGCAGAAAGGGGUCGGAAGAAAAAUCCUUGACAAGGUUCAUGAGACUUAUCACACGGACCUCGAUGGGAAGCAUUUUGCCUACGAUGGAGAGAAGACUCUCUUCACUUUUGGAGCUUUGCCUAGCAACAAGAUGGACUUUUCUGUUGUCCUUGAGGAAGUGUCUUCAGCUAGGACUAAUGGAAAUGCAAGCCCCAAUGGGAAUGAAGAGCCAAGUGACGGUGGCAGAAAAAGACUUCGUCGGCCUAACCGUUCCAAGAGCUUCAGAGUGGAGAUCUCCUACGCUGCAAAGAUUCCUCUACAGGCUCUCGCUAAUGCCAUGCGUGGUCAGGAAUCCGAGAAUUCACAGGAGGCUAUAAGGGUCUUGGACAUCAUCUUACGUCAGCAUGCUGCUAGACAAGGUUGUCUACUUGUGAGACAGUCAUUUUUCCACAAUGACCCGACUAACUGUGAACAAGUUGGUGGUAACAUCUUGGGAUGCAGAGGAUUCCAUUCAAGUUUCAGGACAACGCAGGGUGGAAUGUCACUUAACAUGGAUGUUACAACCACGAUGAUAAUCAAGCCUGGUCCGCUUAUUGAUUUCGUUAUUGCUAACCAAGGUGCAAGGGAUCCGUUCACUGUUGACUGGUCUAAGGCUAAAAGGACACUUAAGAACCUGAGGAUUAAAGUCAGCCCCUCAAACCAGGAGUACAGGAUCACUGGCAUGAGUGACAAGCCUUGCAAGGAACAGACGUUUGAGUACAGGCCAAGGAACGCGCCCAAGAAUGAAAAUGGAGAGUCUGAAACUAUUGAAAUAACGGUGUAUGACUACUUCCUGAGAGAAAGGAACAUGGAGUUGCAGUACUCUGCGGAUUUGCCUUGCGUCAAUGUUGGGAGGCCAAAGCGACCCACCUAUAUUCCCCUUGAGCACUGCACCUUGAUUCCUCUUCAGAGGUACACAAAGGCGCUGAACACCUUCCAAAGAUCUGCCCUCGUUGAGAAAUCUAGACAGAAGCCCCAAGAGAGGAUGAAUGUUCUUUCAAAGGCUCUGAAAGUGAGCAACUAUGACAGUGAACCUCUCCUGCGCUCCUGUGGCAUUUCUAUCAGCUCCAACUUUACUCAGGUUGAGGGUCGUGUGCUGCAAGCUCCUAAGUUGAAAAUGGGACGUGGGGAUGAACUGUUUCCCCGCAAUGGUCGCUGGAACUUCAACAACAAGCAAUUUGUUGAGCCAACCAAGAUUGACAAAUGGGCCGUUGCAAAUUUCUCUGCUCGCUGUAAUGUGCGUCAACUGGUUGAUGAUCUGAUCCGAAUUGGAGGAUCCAAAGGAAUUGAAAUUGCUGCUCCCUUUGAUGUGUUUGAGGAGGGUCAUCAGUUUCGCCGUGCUCCUCCUCUUAUUCGAGUUGAGAAGAUGUUUGAAGAGAUCCAGUCUAAACUCCCUGGUGCUCCACAGUUCCUUCUGUGUCUGCUCCCCGAAAGGAAGAACUGCGACAUUUAUGGGCCAUGGAAGAAGAAGAACUUAACUGAAUACGGCAUCGUUACUCAGUGCAUGGCUCCGGUGAGGCAACCUAAUGAUCAGUAUCUAACGAACUGUCUUCUGAAGAUCAAUGCUAAGCUUGGAGGCCUGAAUUCCAUGCUGAGUGUUGAGCGCACUCCUGCUUUUACUGUGAUCUCGAAGGUUCCAACCAUCAUCCUUGGUAUGGAUGUCUCACAUGGAUCUCCUGGACAGUCUGAUGUCCCGUCCAUUGCUGCUGUGGUGAGUUCAAGGCAGUGGCCUCUAGUCUCGAAGUACAGAGCAUCUGUUCGCACACAGCCUUCAAAAGCUGAGAUGAUUGAGUCACUGGUCAAGAAGAAUGGAACAGAAGAUGAUGGCAUAAUCAAAGAGUUGCUUGUAGAUUUCUACACCAGCUCGGGUAAGAGAAAGCCAGAGCAUAUCAUCAUCUUCAGGGAUGGCGUUAGUGAAUCUCAGUUCAACCAGGUUCUGAACAUUGAGCUCGAUCAGAUCAUUGAGGCCUGCAAGCUUCUAGAUGAGAACUGGAACCCAAAGUUCCUCUUGUUGGUUGCUCAAAAGAAUCACCACACCAAGUUUUUCCAGACAAACUCUCCUGACAACGUUCCUCCAGGGACAAUCAUCGACAGCAAAAUCUGUCACCCAAAGAACAAUGAUUUCUACCUCUGUGCGCACGCUGGAAUGAUUGGAACAACACGUCCUACGCAUUACCAUGUCCUGUAUGAUGAGAUUCAUUUCUCACCUGAUGAGCUUCAAGAGCUCGUCCACUCCCUCUCUUACGUGUACCAAAGAAGCACGACCGCCAUCUCUGUUGUUGCACCGAUAUGCUAUGCUCACUUGGCAGCUGCUCAGCUAGGAACGUUCAUGAAGUUUGAAGAUCAGUCAGAGACGUCCUCAAGCCAUGGUGGCGUGACAGCUCCAGGACCAAUCUCUGUUGCUCAGCUCCCUAAACUCAAAGACAACGUCGCCAAUUCCAUGUUCUUCUGUUAGGUGUAGAAGAAGAAGAAGUAUCUCUCCCUCUCUAAUGUGCAGAAGUCUGUUUUCCACAACUUGGCUCUUUUAAGUACUCUAGUAAUCGGCUUUUAUCCUUAGGAUCUCUCUCGGCUUUUUAUAAGUGGUUUAAGGCAACCAAACGAUAGACGUGGUAUGUAUUUUGUGACUUUAUUCGCCAGUCUUGUUACCUGUAGGGGGCUUGAAAUAUACUUUUGCCCAUCAACUC